UUUCGUAAUGGCGGCUUCCUAGCCAGAGCGAGAACGUGCUUUUCCAUUCCACUUUCUUGUCAAAAAAUGGCGAGCGACCAGGUAAAGAUCCUGAAGGAAAAAGCCAAAGAAGCGAUCGAUAUCUAUUCUCCUGAAUUAUAUGAAUUGAACAAAAUUGUUUGGGAAAACCCAGAGCUUGGUUUUCAGGAGAGAUCAGCUCACGAUCAGCUGACAGAAUUCUUGGCGAAUCAAGGCUUCGAUGUAACUCCUCACUACACUUUGGAUACGGCUUUUCGGGCGGAAUGCGGAGAGGAUGGAGGUCUUACAAUUGGACUGAUUAGCGAAUAUGAUGCUUUACCGGAAGUAGGACACGCUUGUGGACAUAAUCUGAUCGCUGAAUCGGGAGUAGCGGCGGCUUUAGGUCUCAAGAUUGCUUUGAAUGCCAUUAAUCAGAGACCCAAAGUCAAAAUAGUUCUCCUUGGAACUCCUGCCGAGGAAGCAAAAGGUGGCAAGAUUUUAAUGAUCAAGAAUGGUUGCUUCAAAGAUCUUGACUUUUGUAUGAUGGUUCACCCUAGUCCAGUGGAUGUUCUCAAACCAGUGAUUUUAGCUCGUGAAAGUGCUACAAUUACCUACAAAGGUCACGCUGCUCAUGCUGCUGCAUUCCCUUGGGAAGGAAUUAAUGCCCUUGAUGCAGCAGUCAUGGCUUACACAAGCAUAAGUGCACUAAGACAGCAGAUGAAACCCACAUGGCGUGUCCACCUUAUUAUUUCUGAGGGGGGUGUUAAGCCAAACAUCAUUCCUGACCGAGCUCAGCUCCGAUGUUCUGUUCGAACUAUGAAUGACAGUGACCUUGAAGUGUUAAAAGAAAAGGUGAAGAAUUGUUUUGAAGCAGCCGCAUCAGCCACAGGCUGCAAAGUUUCCAUGGAGUGGGAAACAGCCACUAAAUAUUCACAUCUGGAAACCAACAACACCCUUGCUGAACUGUACCAAGCCAAUGCUGAGUCCUUAGGAGUAUCAUUUCCACCUGAGGCAAAGUUCUCAGCAUCCACUGAUAUGGGAAAUGUUUCACAUGUAGUUCCUUCUAUCCAUCCCAUGUAUUCUAUUGGCACAACUGCACCCAAUCAUUCUCAUGCAUUCACAACAGCAGCAGCAACAGAGGAAGCUCAUGAGAAAACUUUGAUUGCCAGCAAGGCAAUGGCCAUGACAGCUAUUGAUGUAUUGUGUAAACAAGAUUUCAUGGGUAAAGUGAGGAUUGACUUUAAACAACCAAAUGAGGGUGAAAAUUAACUGUCAUAGAUGGAAAAGUGGAUAUAAGUCAGUAAAGGUCAUUAGAGACAGUCUGUGCAAAAUUACUUUUCAGUAGAUAUAUUCUAGGGUAAAUAAUUGACUGUGAGUUCAGUGUGUAAUUGACAAAUUGUUGAUUGAUGCAACAUGUAUAUAAAACUAUGGUUUGAUGAAACUUUCAAAUACACACUGAAUUUUGAUGUGACUGAUGUGCUUAAUGUGGUUUGAUAAGGAAAGAGUAAAUAAUAACAGAUAUGGGCAAAAAGUGACAAUAGAAAUAAUUAAAGCAAAGAGAAAGUUUUCAAAUAUUUCUAUGUGGUGAUGAUAGAAAAUUUUGGACUUGAGUGGAGUUGACCUUUGCUGUAUUUAAAAGAGUGAUAUAUGUGCUAGAAUUUGAUGCAGAGUAAAUUUGUUAGAUGUGGGUGAAAAGGAAUAUUUUUCAAUCAAGUUCACAGUAACACAUGAAUGUGCUCUCACACCUUUGACAUCCACAAAGUGUACACAGUAUUUCAGUACUGAAACAGCAGGUGCACAUACAACAGGCAACACAUAUAAGGUCAAGGUUGGCAGGAAUUAACUGUUUGAGGGAAAGCCAUGGUGAGGGAAAAGUUUCAAGUUGCCAAGAUCACAUCAGCCAUUUCAUCAUUUUUCAUGUCAGAAUCCAAAAACUGGCUUUGUGUUUUCUGCUGCUUACAAAGAAUAGAAUUAAGAUUCACAGGAUAUAAUUUUUUGAAGUAUUUUUCUUAAAACGUGCUGUGAAAUCUCAUCCUCUCAGUGAGACUUGUAUUUAAAAGCCUUACGAAAGCAGUUUUAAAUGUACCUCAUCACUAGUGCUAAUAUUUAAGGUGCUUUAAAAUACAAAGAUAACUGUAGAGUUGUCAUUUAAGACUCAGA